AUGGUGCGGCGGCGGGAAGCCAGGCGUGCUACUUUCACGCAUCUGUGUACAACUUUAUUGUGGCUGUUCACCUGUUUUAACGAAUUGAAUGCAGUUAAAAUAGUGAAAAUAGUAGUGCCAGAAAUAAUACAAUACGGAGUGCAAGACGCUGUAGUACUAGACUGUGAUUAUGUUUACGGUAACAACACAUCAGGACUGGUAGUGAAGUGGUUUUUCAGAAACAAAGCUAGGCCUGUCUACCAAUGGAUUGUUUCGCAAAAGCCACAGGACAUGGGGAUAUUGAGGGGUCGUGUCGAUUUAACCUACAGAGCAUCGAACGACCCAUUAAAAAUGCACAGAGCACUCCGCAUAGUGAAGCCCAAUACCGACAUCUCUGGUGAAUACACGUGUGUCGUUUCAACAUUUAUGGAAGAGGAUUCAAGAACAAAGCAAAUGAUUGUUUUUGUACCGGAGACGAGCUUCCGCCUGAUCCAGAACAAGACUGACGAUGAUACUGUGAACGUCAUAUGUGCUGCGGACGGAGCGUUUCCUGCACCGAACCUCACGCUAGCCACACCUGAGAGGAGGCUGGAUGGAGUUUCCCAUGAAUUGAAACUGGUGAACGGCAGAUACUCGGCGGUAGCUUCGGUUACGUUGCUCGACGCUGACCUUCCUUCACCUGCGGAGUUUAUUUGCACUCUCCGAAUACCUUUAGCAAAAUACGCAGUAAGAAAAGAAGCAAUUUACUAUCCGGGACCCAUUAGCACAACUCCUGAAAUGCCGACCGCGGCCGACAUGCAACUCGCUGCGGCUGUUGGCUCUAAAGGUACAAGCACGCGCACAUUGAUAGCAUUGGUCUUACUACCAGCUUUAGCUCAUUCACUACUGGUACUCAAAUGA